GCCGAGGCACCUUUUACCCGCGCGCCGAGCAGUCGUGUAUUCAGUACACACGCGAAACACCAACAACACGCAACGCGAGCGAGCGAGCGAGCCGAGCAGCGCAGGAGUGUGGAAACGCACACAGCAGAGCUCCGACUCUAUACAACAUACCGCUCUGAUACGUACGAUCGCGUACGUACGAGAACGCGUCUGUCUCGUAUCAAUUUCGACGAAAUAAAAUAAAAUAUAUAUAUAAAAUAUAUAAAAGUGCAUCCCCGUGGCCGCCGCUGGCCCGCGUGUGUCUCCUACAUACCUUAUACCUGCAGUGUGUCUGUGCGUUUAGUGCCCCGUGUGUUUAUUCUGUGGUGCAUCAUCAUCGAUCGUCGUUAUCCAGCAGUGGUGCCGGGUUUUUAUUUAUAAUAAAUAAUAAUAUAUAUCGGUACGGUACACGAUAUAGUCUCUCGCUUGUGUGGUAGCGCCCGGUAGCAAACAGAAGUGCGAGAGGACCAGCCAGAAUAUAUACACGCUCGUGUUUGUAUAUAUACAUAGCAACUACCUGUGUGAAUGUACCACUACAUGUUAGCAGCGGCCUUACCUAUACACAUGUGUGUGUGUGCUGUGCUAUAGGUGUGUGAUAUGAGCAUAACCUCAAAGCUGCGCUUAUUGCCGCUCGCAGCUCGUCGUUACCUGGACAAGGAAAGAAAGCAGCAGGAAGCAAGGAGUGCGUCGGGAUAGAAGUCCAGAAGCCAAACUGCUCUCUCUCUCACUCUCGCAUUUCGAGGAAACGAAAUCGGGAAUUUCUGCGGCGGAUCUGCGGCGCGCUAUAAAGUAUACAAGAUGCAAGUGACGGGCGCUAUAAUGGGAGGCCCGCAACAGCAACAACAGCAGCAGCCCCAGCAGCAGCAGUCGAUUAUCGCUGGCAGUGGCAACGGCCCGAUAACGAUGAAUAACAUCAACAACAACAACAACAGCGGCAGCAGUAACAACAACAACAACAAUAACAACAACAACAAUAACACAAGUGUCAGUGGCAACCAGAACUGCUCGACGGCGGUGGCGGCUGCCUCGGCCGCCGCGCUGGGCCCGACCCAUCUGGUGGCCCUGUACGUGGCCACCGCGGGCCAGCAGGGCAACGCGCUGGGCUCCGACGAGGAGGAGAUCACCCUGCUCAGUUACGUGCUCGUCGACGCGCUCCAGAACAAGGUAAUGGGAAAACAACAGUACGUAAUAAAGCCGAUGGUUAUGGAGGAUGAAAAUAACGGCGGUCGUGGCGGCGGCAGCAGCAAUGGUAGCGAUAAUCCAGCAGAUGUUGCCGGAAGCGGCGGCGUCGUCAGGGAAGCGGCCCUCGAGCACGCACCAGCCUUGACUGAGGAGUACCUGCGCGAACACGGGAUUCCUCUUCACCAAGCCAUUCAGCAGUUCGAGGCGUGGUGGUCGUCGCUGACGUGCGUCGCGGCGGGCAGCACUCCGCGCUUCGUCGUGGACGGACAGGCGCCCCUGCGCCAGUGCCUGCACCCGGAGGCCUGCAACAAACACAUCGAGCUGCCGGCGCACUACUGCACCUUCCACGAUCUGCGGAAGGAGUUCGCCGCCUGCUACUCGUCCAACGACGAGCUCUCCAUGCUCGGCAUCCAGGACAUGAUCGAAUAUUUUAACCUUCCACGCGAAAAGGAUCAUGAUUUCCAUGUACAGGAAGCUCAGGAUAUGGUUGCGAUCAUUCAAAGAAUGAUCAAGGAUGGUCAUGUAUUCAACAACUCCGAAGUGGUGAACAUAGUCCUCGAACCUGGAAUAUGCUCGAAAGAUGAGAAAGUAGAUAACUUCGUCGUUGUCAGAGCCCGAGGACUUCCCUGGCAAUCGUCCGAUCAAGACGUGGCCAAGUUCUUCCGAGGACUUAAUGUCGCAAAAGGCGGAGUGGCACUGUGUCUGAGCGCGCAAGGUCGACGCAACGGCGAGGCACUGGUCAGGUUCGUCAGCAAGGAGCACAGAGACAUGGCACUCAAGCGGCACAAGCACCACAUCGAUCAGCGCUACAUCGAGGUGUACAAGGCGUCGGGCGACGACUUCGUCUCGGUGGCGGGCGGCACCAACGGCGAGGCGCACGCCUUCCUGUCGCGCGGCGCCCAGGUCAUCGUGCGCAUGCGCGGCCUGCCCUACGACUGCACGGCCAAGCAGGUGCUGGACUUCUUCGCCCAGGGCCAGAAGCCGUGCCAGGUGCUCGACGGCGAGGAGGGCGUGCUGUUCGUGAAGAAGGCCGACGGCCGCGCGACCGGCGACGCGUUCGUGCUCUUCGCCAAGGAGGAGGACGCCGAGAAGGCGCUGAGCAAGCACAGGGACUGCAUCGGCAGUCGCUACAUCGAGCUGUUUCGCAGCACGACCGCCGAGGUGCAGCAGGUCUUGAAUCGAGUGAGCGACACGAAGCAAUUCGAGAGGAACAUAUUGCCGCCGCUGCCGCCGAUACUUCCGCAGCAUUACAUGCCCUCGGGCACGCGCAAGGACUGCGUGAGGCUGCGCGGCCUACCCUACGAAGCGGCCGUCGAACACAUCCUCGAGUUCCUGGGCGAGCUGUCGAAAAACAUCAAGUAUCAGGGCGUUCACAUGGUUUACAACGCGACGGGCCAGCCCUCGGGAGAGGCCUUCAUCCAGAUGAACAGCGAGGCGGCGGCGUUCGCGUGCGCCCAGCAGCGCCACCAUCGCUUCAUGAUCUUCGGCAAGAAGCAGCGCUACAUCGAGGUGUUCCAGUGCAGCGGCGAAGACAUGAGCCUCGUGCUGACGAGCGCCCCUCUACCCGGAAGCCCGAUGAUGCCGCCUCGUUUGCAGCCGGGAACGAUAUACCCGGCGCCGCCGCCGAUGCCGGCGAUGCUGCCCUGCGGACCGCCUCAGGUGCCCUACACUCCGCUGCUGUACUGGACCUAUUCCUCGCCGCCGGUGAGCCCGACGAACUAUUACAAUCCCGCGGCCAAUGUUCACGGCAUCGCCACGAUUCCUCAGCAGGCCACCAUCAUAGCGUCUCCGGAAUGUUUGCAACUAGCGGAGCCUCGUGUCGAAGCGCUGAUUCCUAGGCCCGACAUGGACAAGCGAAUUCAUCAGAUUCAUCAACCGCCCUGCAGCCAGUACGUCGAUCUCUUCAUCAUUUGAGAGACUAUACGCAUCCUACCAUGUACGAGAAAAAAGAGAGGAGGAAAAACGAAAGAGAGAAAAACGAUAUAUUUGCCAAAACUCUGCUUAAGUAUAUUUAUACGAGAAUGUUGAAACGUUCUCGAAAGAGUGAAAACAAAAAAAAAAAAAAAAUUCAACGCCCGAAGAAAAACCGCAAAGAGGUA